AUCUGCUCUAAAAGCAAUAACUCAAGUGCCAACCGUCCCAUUCCGGUGUUCGAAUUUAUAUUUCCCGAGUAUUCCAUCGUCUGGCUGUGCGCGUGAUAUCAUUUUGAUAUCACACGUCUCCUAAUCAGUAAAUAUCGUUAUUCAGUGACAAUCUUAAUUUUGUUUUCGAUUCGUUUAGAAACAUGUUAAAAUCAUAUGCCUCAUUGGGAUUUAUAUUGUGUACUGUUGAAGUGAUUUUGCUAACACUACUGCAUACUACUUCGGCUUCUCUUGAAGAAUAUGAUGAAAUUGCGUAUGCUGUCCCUACGGAAAACAUUGAAAUUGAUCGGUUUCUGAAAUCACACUCGUCAUAUAAUAAAUAUACCACGUCUCAAAAGAAUUUGAACGCAACCGUUCUAGUUUAUGUAACACCUUGGAAUAAAUUAGGAUAUGAAGUGGCAAAGAUAUUCGGCACAAAAUUCAACAUGAUUGCCCCUGUAUGGUUCGAAGUCCAAGGUGAAAGAAAAGCAUAUACAGUUACUGGCAUCCCUGAAAUUGACACUGCCUGGAUUAGUGAGAUUCGUACUGUGAAUCCCGAUAUAAAGAUAGUACCUCGAUUUUCCUUCAAUCCUUGGGAAGAUCGAGACUACGCCUCAACUUUAAAAGAUGUUUCUAAAGCAGAUAAAUGUAUUCGAAAUAUAAUAAAUAUAUUGAAGAAAUAUGAUUUUGAUGGUGCAGUCAUAGAAAUUUGGGCACAGUUCUCUGGUAUAGACUUUCAUUCACUAGUUGAUUUUGUAAUACGACUUGCUGAUAACCUACAUUCAAAUGGAAAACUUUCUGUACUUGUUAUACCACCUCCUGUUCAUCAUGAUGUUAUAGAAGGACGAUUCGCACAAGGGAAUUUCAAACAAAUGGCCGAUUAUAUUGAUUAUUUUAGCUUGAUGACUUACGAUUAUUCUUUACCUCAUCGACCCGGGCCUAAUAGUCCCUUGAGUUGGGUUGAAGAAUGUAUUGAUCGUUUAGUUCCAAAGAAUUCUCUGAAUGAAGCAAAAUUACGGAAAAAAAUUCUAGUUGGUUUAAAUUUUUAUGGAGUUGAUUACUUGCCUAAAAAAUUAACUGGUGAACCAGUUAGAGGCAGCGAGGUCAUUGAAAUAGUUGAAAAAUACCAGUCGAACUUUAAAUGGCAUGAACAAUGGGCUGAACAUAGUUUAUCUUAUAGGUAAUAUUAUUUUUAUCUUUCUUCAAUAAAUUCUGUGAAACAGUUAUUACAAGUUAGUAAUACUGAAAAUGCUUCAAAUUCUUCAUCCUUAUAUUCUAUAAGCUCAAACAAUGUUAUCAUUAUUAGUAGAAAAACCUAAUAAUGGUAAACUAAUUACUACAAGCCAAUCUAAGGCAUCAAAUUCAGAAUUCAAUGUUAUCUUUACCACGGACUAUGAUUUCCUGUCCUAUGGAGUUCCGCGAAUCCCGGAUACAUAAUGUUCUUGUUUGUUAUAUGCAUUUUCUUUUUUAUCAGAGAUAAAAAUUCUCAGGAUCACUUGGUUUUUUAUCCUACUUUGAUGUCAAUAACUCAACGUCUUCAAACUAUCCUAUCCAAAGGUACUGGUGUUUCAAUCUGGGAGAUAGGACAAGGACUCCAUAGCUUUUAUUCACUGUUCUAAUGUCAAAUUUUACAUAUUGUCUUAAUAUUUUUAGGUAGUAUUUUUUUAUAUUUUAAUACUUUUCCAGAGUCAAAAUAAAUUCGCUAUUAUUGUUCUUCCU